AUGGAGGCUCCGAGGGGGGUGGAGCUGAGCGCAGCACAGGGGCUUCUGCAGAUCAGCGGCAGAAAAGACCUGAAGCUGGAGUCCACAGAAGGAGAGAUUCUUUUGGAUGCCAGCACUAUCCAGCUGGGCAAUCUUCCUCUGGGCACUUUCUCCAAAUCCUCCAGCCGAGCCUCCCACGAACAGUCUGUGUACGAGGUGUGCGUUUGCCCCAGUGGGAAGGUCUACCUGUCCCCGGCCCACAGUAGCUCCACCUGCCAGGCCAUGAACAACAUCUGCCUCUGGAGCUGA